UAAAUCUUGUGUGCACAUAUGCACACCUAUCUCCUAAACCUAUUUCCAGGUUUGCUGUAUGCAGUUGGUGGCUAUGAUGGUGCAUCGCGUCAGUGCCUUAGCACAGUGGAAUGCUAUAACUAUCAUUCAAAUGAAUGGACCUAUGUCGCAGAGAUGAGCACUAGACGUAGUGGAGCAGGUGUUGGGGUUUUAAAUAACUUACUGUAUGCAGUGGGAGGACAUGAUGGCCCUUUAGUUCGAAAAAGUGUUGAAGUUUAUGAUCCCACCAUAAAUAUAUGGAAACAGGUUGCAGAUAUGAACAUGUGUAGGAGAAAUGCAGGGGUUUCUGCUGUGAAUGGACUUUUAUAUGUAAUUGGAGGAGAUGACGGCUCCUGUAACUUGGCGACAGUGGAAUAUUAUAACCCAACAACAGAUAAAUGGAUAGUUGUGUCAUCAUGUAUGAGUACAGGAAGGAGCUAUGCAGGAGCUGCUUUAUCAUCAUCAUCAUCACUAUUUUGAGCAUCUGGGGACUGCAAGAAGGUGUUACUGUUAUUGACAAGCCAUUGUGAAUGGGUGCAGAUAUUCCCCCCCUUGAUUAUGCACUUAAAAGCAAGCUUUAACAAGUGGUGUUGAAGUGAUUAAGCAUCAAAGCACUUCUCAACUUGUAGCUGUGCACUGAGACAUGUUGGAAACUGCAAUUAAGGAUGAAAAUGAAGAUUAUUCCAGGUUGAAGCAAAGGGUAGCAUUAUUCCACAGUAAGCUGCAUCUACUGGAGAUGUACAAAGCAGUAUGGAUCUUAUUUGAUGGAUUUCUAGACAAAACUCAUUUUCCUAACAGCCAAUCAUGUCGCCCACAUGGUUGACUAUGGAUUUUUUUUUUCCUAGUAGAAGAUAAAGUAAUGUGUUCUGGUGAAAGUAAAAAAGUAAAGAUUUUUGGGGAAAAAGAAAAGAAAAGAAAUAUCCAUGAACACUAGCUUUUAUGCCUGGAUUGCUUUUUCUAAAUCCUCUUUGGUUACAUUACAAACAUGUGCGUGUUUAAGCAUAAGUACCUUUUCUUUAUACUUGUUUGGGUCUUGCUGAUACUGUUUAGAAUUGGCAUGGUAUUCCAAAGUAUGCCAGUGCUACGUUCUAACAGAGGUGUUUAUUUUGAUAUUUACUAAUGCUUUAAAACUGAUACCACACAAAACUCAAUUUAAUAUGUUUUUAACUAAUAUAUUGGUGAUUCUUAUUUGCCAAGAUGACCUUUGUUAUGUUUUGAUGUAUUUAUCUUAACUGUAAUUGGGCCUGGUAAUAAUUAUGGGUUGAAAUGAAUGUAUGGAGUUGUUUUAUUUGCAUGGCAUUUAAAACUCUUCUCAUAUAACUAUUUAAAAAGUUUCUUGUGUAACUAUUUAAAACUGUUAGCUGCUAUUAAUUACUCUAUUAUAUGUGAACAUAUUUGUAAAAGGAAUAUAUUAGAGAACUGUUGCGUUAAAUUUGACCCAAACUAUUGUAAUUUUGACCUGGUUUCUUUAAUAAAAUUUACAUACUUGCUUUUC